AGCAGGUUAAUAAUUAAAUGGUUCAGUCCUCAGUUGGACUGACUGUCUUAGCUCCAAUUUCCAGUGCAAAUAGUCACAGCACGGCAGUGUGAACGCCAAGGGGGAGAGAGAGAGAAGCCUCCUUGAAGAAUAGUAUAAUAAGAGCGCGUUGCUCCAAAACCCAUUUGAAACCCCGCAAACUUGCUGUCCGCUACCAACAAGGUCUGAGCUUCUGGUUACCCUCCCAAUGACCUUUUUCCAGAGUUUUCUCUGACCAAUCUUUGGCUUCUGUGAGGACGAGAAAACCCCAUGUUAGAUUUAAAUGAUUCAUUGAAAGAUCAAAAAAUUCACAGCACAUAAAACAAAAAGAAAUGGUCCAAGCCAAGCCCAAGGCAAAGAGACUACACUAUGAGCAUAGAAUAUAGCACCCUAUUUGCCGCUGCAACAUCUUUUAAGCACUUAAUUGAAUAUUUUAUGUUCAAAACCCAGCAGAUCCAACCCACACAUUAGAUUCCCACAUAUGUCCAGCUUGUUUAUGAGAGAGAGAGAGAGAGAGAGAGAGAGAGCCCUUUGUUAAGAUCCAGGGUUGGGGGACUCCAUUUGGCUUCACAUCUCCAUCGAGCAAAGAUCAGUGAAAAGCAAGGUCUGACUUUGGAGCCGCACAACGUAAGAAGAUGAUGUAUUGAAUCACGCGUAGCUUUCUUCCUCUUUAAAAGUCUCACUGUUGGAUUCAUGUACUGGAGACUCUUCAGUCACAACCACACAAUUAACUGAAUCUGUCAACCGAGAUUUCACAAAGAGCAAAGAAUCCCACAAAAAAGUGUUUAGGCUUUCUAAUCUUGUUUCAGUCCCCGGCCGCAAUGGUUCUUGUGAACACAACAGAAGGGAGUUCAUCAACUUCACAAGACUUUGACCUGACAGCAACGGCGCCAUAAACAUGACGAGUUGUGCAUAUCUAUCCCGGUGAAGAAGCAUAAAUCUCUGCAUGACCUCGUUGAAAAAUCUCACUUGUGUGAAUAUGAAUGAAGAAGCACCGUUCUCUGGGGAGGUUCCUGGAGAAAUCCCACCUGUUGAUACCAAGGCCCUCACCAUCAAGAUUGCAAGUUCUGGCCACAAACCGGGUAAGGAAGUUCAAACCUACAUCCUUUCUGCUGAUACAUCAGAUUCACUUUCACCCAACCUAUUACCAUCAAAUUCAGUUGCUUCAUCUCCAUACAACUCUCCUUCCCUCAUUUCUCCCCCAUCAUCAGCAUUUGUUUCAGCUCUACAAUCACCCUAUAUAUCUCCCAGAGCAAUCACAGUCCCUAAUCCUCAAGAAAACCCGGCUCCAACUCCAGUCACCCACCCUUCACCGCCUGUCUCAUACUGUGGUUCCCAAUCUGAUGACAUCCCAAGCAGCUCAUACACUCCCCCACCAGAAAGAUAUGACUUUUCUGAUGAUCCAACCAAUCCAAAGCUCAAAAUUGUCACCUGCGUUCCAGUGUCGGGCCCAGAUACCGGUCCCCGGAUCUCAUUCUCGUUCCCUGUCCCUCGAAUUUCCUUUGCAAAAGGUUCUGUUUCACCAGCAUCCAAUGCCAAACUAAGGAGCUGUGAUGUGUACAUAGGCUUCCAUAGUCAGAAUCCCAAUAUGUUACGCUUCUGUAAGUGGCUUAAAUCAGAGCUUGAACUCCAAGGAAUAGCUUGCUUUGUUGCUGACAGGGCAAAGUACUCGGACGCUCAAAGCCACGAUAUUGCAGACCGUGUUAUUUGUUCUGUGACAUUUGGUGUUGUGGUUAUCACUAGUUACAGCCUUCUAAACCACCUCAGCCUGGAGGAGAUCAGAUUCUUUGCUCAGAAGAAGAAUUUAAUCCCUUUAUUCUUCAACACAGACUCUAGUGAAAUCGUUAGUCUACUCAACCGCAAUUCAGACGACAAAGAAUGCAAAGAAGCAACUGAUGGGUUAAUAAGGUUUAGUGAAUUUAAGCUGGAAACAAAUGAGGCUAAUUGGAGAAGCUGUGUGUUGAAAGCUGCUGGAAUUUUGACGGCAAAGCUAGGAAGGAAAAGUGUUAGAGAGAAGGAGGUUGAUGGACUUGAGGAGCUACCAUUUCCCAGAAACAGAUGCUUUGUGGGGAGGGAGAAGGAGAUGAUGGAGAUAGAAACUGCAUUCUUUGGGUGUGGGGACUAUCUUGAGCAAGAAUAUUGUAUGCCAACUGCAAGAGGAAGAACACCAGGGCAAUCUGAAGGCCUUGCAGAUGAGGAAAGUGAAGUCGAUACAAGUAAGGGAGGAAGUUUCAUAAAUUUGGAGCUGGGCAAGUGCAAGGAACCAAAUUUAGAGGCUUGGGUUGAACCAGUUAUUGGGAGAGGUUCCUUGAAGAGGCCCAAAUACAAGAAGUCGAAAAGUGGGAAAUAUAAGAGUUUUGGAAGCAGUGUUGUGUGCAUAAGUGGAGGUGCAGGUGUUGGGAAGACAGAGCUGGCAUUGGAGUUUGCUUACAAGUAUGCCCAAAGAUACAAGAUGGUUCUAUGGGUAGGGGGUGAAGCUCGCUAUCUCAGGCAGAACAUAUUGAACUUGUCACUUAAUUUGGGGUUGGAUGUGAGUGCUGAUGCUGAGAAGGAAAGAGGAAGAUUACGGAGCUUUGAGGAGCAGGAAGCAGAAGCUUUCAAGAGAGUCAAGAGGGAGCUCUUCCGAGACAUGCCUUAUUUACUGAUAAUCGAUAAUCUUGAGACUGAGAAGGAAUGGUGGGAAGGCAAAGAUCUGCACGAUCUAAUACCAAGAAACACUGGAGGCUCCCAUGUGAUUGUGACAACAAGGCUCUCAAGAGUUAUGAACUUUGAUCCGAUGCAGCUUCAGCCCUUGCCCUUGUCUGAUGCAAUGCUCUUGAUCAGAGGAAGACGUAAAAAAGAAUACCCACCUGAAGAGGUGGAAUUUCUAGGGAAAUUUGAUGAACAACUGGGCAGGUCAACUUUUGGUCUGUGGGUUAUUGGUUCGCUACUUUCUGAACUUGCGAUUUUCCCAUCUGCUCUAUUUGAAGCUAUAAACCAGAUACCAAUCCAGGAAGCUUCCACUGGCUCUAAUUUAAAUAUUGCUGAUGAACAAUUCUGUAGAAGCAAUCCUUUCCUGAUGAAGGUCCUGUCAUUUUGUAAUGCUAUUUUGCAGCAAACAAAUGGGACAAGGAACAUUCUGGCCUCAAGAAUGCUUCUUGUUGGGGCUUGGUUUGCCCCAGCACCCAUUUCAACAAGUUCGCUGGCAGCUGCAGCCAAGAGUAUAACAGCCACAGAAAGCCGUUUCGGCAAGUGGACUAAGUGCCUCAGUCUUGCAUUCCUUUGCUGCCAUGGCUGUUUGGAAAAUCAAACAUGGAGAAGUGAAGAAGAUUCAUCCCUUCUCUUAGUUAAACUAGGUUUAGCACGCAGAGCCAAUAGACAGCCUGGCUGCUGGAUCCAGUUCCACCCCAUUACUCAGACAUUUGCCAGAAGGAAGGAAAGUUCAAUUGCUGCCAAGGCAACAGUUCAAGGUGUGAGGAAAGCUGGAAAUCCUUUGGUGAACUCAGACCACCUCUGGGCUUCUGCAUUCCUUGUAUUUGGGUUCAAAUCCGAGCCUCCACUAGUCCAACUUAAAGCCGUUGAUAUGGUUCUCUUCAUCAAGAAAAGUGCUCUUCCUCUAGCACUUACAGCCUUCACAACCUUCUCAAGGUGCAACUCGGCACUAGAACUCCUAAAGGUCUGCACAAACGUGCUCGAGGAAGUGGAGAAGUCAUUUGUGUCUCAGGUACAGGAUUGGUGCCACGGUUCCCUUUGCUGGAAGAAAAAGCUUCAAUCCAACCAGAGGGUAGAUGAGUACGUGUGGCAAGAUGUUACCCUGCUGAAAGCCACGUUGCUGGAGACCCGAGCGAAACUGCUGCUCAGAGGUGGGCAUUUUGACAGCGGCGAAGAGCUCUGCAGAACUUGUAUUAGUAUAAGGACAGUAAUGCUUGGCCAUAACCAUGCUCAGACAUUGGCUGCUCAGGAAACACUAGCAAAGUUAGUGAGGUUGAGAAGUAAGAUAUGAUUGACUUGUGUUCUCCCCAUAGACAACAAAUUCUACACUUGGGUAGCUCAAUUUUGUUUCACACUGUAACCAUGUUCCUAGUUUAGAUAUAAAAAUAUAAAAUUGCUUUCACUGUUC